AGGGCAUAUCCAAAGCCGAAGUCGCAGCAGAACUAAGUUCACAGACCAGAAGAUCAGAGAGCCGAUGAGGUAAAGAAGGGGAAUCCAAGCCGAGGUUAGAAGAACAGUCCAAGUUCGUGUUCCUGUUAUGCAAAAGACAAGAGAACUGCCCCUAUAUUGGCUACCUAAAAACAAGAUGAAGUUUUUUUAUUUGUUUCUUCUUAUAUGCCGGAUUGCUUCUCCAGAAAUACACUCCCUUGUGUUUACCCUUUGUGGUAUGUCAGGAAUCUCAAAGCUUCCUGAGUUUUUUGCUUAUGGAACAGUCAAUGGAGUUCAAUUUGGUUACUGUGACAGCGACAGCAACAAAGAGAUCAAACCCAGAACACCUUGGAUGAACAGACUUUUAGAGGAUGAUCCUCACCAUCUGAAGUGGUUAAAAAACAAAUGCUACUACAACUGGUUGGAUUUCAAAGCAACCAUUAAAACACUGAUAAAUCGCUUUAAUCAGUCGGAGGGUGUUCAUAUUUAUCAAAGAAUGAAUGGAUGUUUUUGGGACGAUGAAACCAAAGAAUUGGAUGCCUUUAGUCAGUUUGGCUAUGAUGGAGAAGAUCUCAUACGUUUUGACCUGAAAACUCUCACAUGGAUCACCCCAAGACAUCAGACUGUUAUCACCAAACACAACUGGAACAGUGAUACUCAGGGUUGGAAGUUUGCACUGACAGAAGACUGCAAAUAUUUCCUUCAGCUUUAUUUAAAUUACGGGAAAAACACCUUGCAAAAAACAGUUCUUCCCUCAGUGUCGCUCCUCCAGAAAACUCCCUCCUCUGUGGUUACCUGCCAUGCUACUGGUUUUUAUCCUGAAAGCGCCUUAUUGUUCUGGAGGAAAGAUGGAGAGGAGAUCCAUGAAGGCGUGGAGAUAGGAUUCAUCCUCUUCAAUAAUGAUGGAACCUUUCAGAUAAGUGUGGACCUUAAUAUUUCAUCAAUCAAUGAUGAAGACUGGAAUAGAUAUGACUGCCUCUUUCAGUUCUCUGGUUUUGAGGACAAGAUCACCACCAUACUGGACAGAGUCAUAAUCAAGACAAAUCAAGGUUCUUCAUCUCGAAAAUAUUUAUUUUCUGUUGGAACCAUUCUGCUGUUUUUAACAACUCUGGUCAGUGCAGCUUUUUGGUUCUUGAGGAAAAGAAAUAGAAAUGGUGGAGUGUUCUAA